AUGGCGACGAUGUCGAUGCAGCUGGGCGGGCUGGUGCUGGCCGUGCUGGGCUGGCUGGGCUCCAUCCUCACCUGCGCGCUGCCCAUGUGGAAGGUGACGGCCUUCAUCGGUUACAACAUCGUGGUGGCCCAGGUCUUCUGGGAAGGGCUGUGGAUGAACUGCGUUUACGAGAGCACAGGGCAGAUGCAGUGCAAGGCGUACGACUCCCUGCUGGACCUCACCUCUGACCUGCAAGCCGCCCGAGCGCUGGUGGUCACCUCCAUCAUCGUGGCCUUCCUCGGCCUCCUCACCGCCAUCUCGGGGGCCGACUGCACGCGCUGCAUGGAGGACAAGAGCUCCAAGGGCCGCGUUUCCAUCGUGGCGGGGGCCAUCUUCGUGCUGGCCGGCAUCGUGCUGCUCAUCCCCGUCUCCUGGUCUGCCAACAGCAUCGUCACCAACUUCUACAACCCCAUGGUGCCCGAGGCCCUCAAGAGAGAGCUGGGGGCUGCCCUGUACAUCGGGUGGGCUUCCAGUGCCCUGCAGCUGCUGGGUGGGGGCAUCCUGUGCUGCUCAGGGCCACCUGUGGAGCGGGACCACUACCCCAAGUCAUACCGUGCGGUGAAGGGCUGCGGCCCCAUGGGCUACCCCAUGAAGGACUACGUGUGA